AUGGGUUGUUCAGUGAUGUUAGAUUCAGAGAGGAACCAUGACAAUGAUACGGGCCCUGUUUGUGAGAACCCACAACAGCAAGAUAAUAGGUCCAAUAGUGAGAGGGAGACCAAAGUAGAAAGCCCAAAGCUUGGAAAAAGGUUGACCAUAAAGCCAGCUUGGAUGGAAGACUUUGUUUGUUGUAUCACUGGUGCUUUCAUCAUGAACCCUUCUGAGCUUAUGAACGCCCUUCAAUCCAAAAUGGACGCCCAAUCGGCUGAGUUACGUGAUCUUCUGAAAUCAUCACUUGCCUCACAUUCUGACACCAUUCAUUCCACUCUCCAUAGUCAUUUACUGGAGGUUGAUGCCAAGGUUGCUAACCUCCGUUCCACGUAUCAACAUCCACCGCACGGGUCUCCGGAAACGGCAUCACGUUCGCUUAAACUCAGUGUUCCUCGUUUCGAUGGUUCUAAUCCAAUCGAUUGGCUGUUUCAGAUCACAGCUUUUUUUUAUUUUCACCAGACACCAGAAAACGCACGUCUUCAGAUCGUGUCAUUUCACAUGGAAGGUCGCGCCGCCGCAUGGUUCCAGUGGGCGAUGCGCAACCACUUGCUUCCGUCGUGGACCGUCUUCAUGGAAGCUGUUCGCAACCGCUUUGGCCCAACUCCAUACGAAGACGUAGAAGGUGAUUUAUCUAAACUCUCUCAAAUCGGUUCAGUAGCGGAUUUUCAGGCCCAAUUUGAAGAUCUCAUGAACAAAGUUACUGGUAUUUCUGAAUCCUUACUUAUCAGUUUCUUUAUUACUGGUUUGCGACGAAAUCUCCGUCGGGAAUUGCAAUUCCACCGACCCUCAACACUUAUGGAAGCUUUUGCUAUGGCAAGGGCUUAUGAAGCCCGUUUGGAUGACACUCCAACCCAGGGAAAAUUUUGGUCCAAAGGCCCAGCUCACAAUACAAACCCAAACAUAUCAUCUAUUGCAACUUCUACGACCAAUCCCCAAAACACUCCCUUCGCCCAUAAUACUUCUCCCACCCUUAAACCGAAUACCCUACCCCCAUUACUACCCACACCUAAAACCAAUGUUGCUGUCCGUCACAUACCUCCGGCGGAACUCCGGGAUCGCCGUGCCAAGGGGUUAUGUUUCCGAUGCGAUGAAAAAUGGAAUCCAUCCCAUCGUUGCAGUAGCAAGGUUCUCAUCCUCUUAGGUGAUGAAGACGAGGAACCAGACCUAGAACCUGAGGACCACCCGCCGGAUGAAAUUUCAGGUGACAUCUCUAGCUUACACGCGUUAUCUAGUCAAUUACAGAAUCGUUCGCUGCGCGUUACAGGGGUGUAUCAGCACCACAAUUUUCCGAUUCUUAUUGACAGCGGAAGUACCCACAAUUUCAUUAAACCAACACUGGCAGAGCGUUUGGGUCUAGCUGUGACUCCGUGUUCUCGUUUCCGGGUGGCAACCGGAUGUGGCACCUUCUUGGUUUGUACCUUGUGCUGUCAGAAUGCUCCAAUUACCUUACAAGGUAUUACCUUUUCCGUUGAUCUGUUUGUCUUAGCAAUUGAGGGCCCGAAGGUUGUGUUGGGUUUUCCGUGGCUUCAAUCAUUGGGAAAGGUCUCCCAUGAUUAUUCUGCUCUCACCAUGGAGUUUUGUUGGAAAGGUACUCCGGUCACUUUGGUGGGAGACUCCUCCUUGGCACCACACUCUGUUUCCUUGCAUCAACUCCAAGCCCUUGUACACAGUGAUGAUAUUGCGGGUAUUUUCACUAUCACAAAGUCCCUCCCGGGGUCACAUAAAGAACCUGACUCCACCCAUUCCUUUCCCAAACACCUCACCUCACCAUUUCGCGACCUUUUACAGAGUUACAAUCACAUCUUCACCACCCCUAUGGGCCUCCCUCCCUGUCGUUCCGUCGAUCACCGUAUUCAUUUGAUUGAAGGAACAAAACCUGUAAAUGUGCGACCAUAUCGUUACCCACAAUUUCAGAAAACAGAAAUGGAGAAAUUAAUCCGCGAAAUGCUUGAUCAAGGGAUCAUCAUUCCCAGCCAUAGUCCUUUCUCCUCGCCUGUAUUCGACGGUUAA